UUGGGCUGCGCCCUCCACUCCUCCUCCGAAGCUCGUCACACCGCCGACUGUGCGCCCCAUUCGAGGAGGUGACACUCCUUGGCCACCCAGCAGCAGCAGCAGCAGCAGAGACGCCUUUCCGCCGGCGUGAGAACACCGAGAUUGGAGAGGGGAGCGCCCCACGGUACCCAAGCUCCCUCCCUCCGCUCCCUCCCCCUCCCACUUCUCCUCCCCUCUCUCACACCCCCAUCCACCCACCGCGGUGCCUGAGUGUGUUCCGCACCGGCGAGGGGACCCGGAGAGCAGUCCAGGCUCGGCGCUUGGCGGAGCUGCUGCUGCUCCUGCUGCUGGGGGGAGCGGCAGAGGUGGCCGCCUUGUUCCUCCCCGGACUUUCCAAGUGCGGGCAGAGCAGCCACUCGCGGGAGACGCCAGUUAGAAGGCACAGGGAAAGAGGGACCUUCAAACUCCUCUUCAGCGCCUCCUCUCCACCGCUUUGGGCCCCUGCCCUUGGACAAAGUGUAGUGUGGCUCCUGAUUAUCUUUAUUUCUUCUGACUGCUUGGCGGAGUACGGAAUCUGCUGCUGCCCAGUAGGGGCUUUUCGCUGUUUGCACGUCUCUGUGUUGUUCCCCCGAGCACACCUCUGUCGACGAUGAGGAAAGGUAUGCGGGCGACAGCGGCCCGCUGCGGAUUGGGACUGGGAUACAUACUGCAAAUGCUUGUGCUACCUGCCCUGGCCUUGCUCAGCGCUAGCACCGGCUCGGCCGCACAAGAUGAUGACUUUUUUCAUGAACUCCCAGAAACUUUUCCAUCUGAUCCACCUGAGCCUCUGCCACAUUUCCUUAUUGAGCCUGAAGAAGCUUAUAUUGUGAAGAAUAAGCCUGUGAACCUGUACUGUAAAGCCAGCCCCGCUACACAGAUCUACUUCAAGUGCAAUAGUGAGUGGGUUCAUCAGAAGGAUCACAUAGUUGAUGAGCGAGUAGAUGAAACUUCUGGUCUCAUUGUUCGGGAAGUGAGCAUUGAGAUCUCACGUCAGCAAGUGGAGGAACUCUUUGGGCCUGAAGAUUACUGGUGCCAGUGUGUGGCUUGGAGCUCAGCAGGCACCACCAAGAGCCGGAAGGCCUACGUGCGCAUCGCAUAUCUACGGAAGACAUUUGAGCAGGAGCCCCUGGGAAAGGAAGUGUCUUUGGAGCAGGAAGUCUUACUCCAGUGUCGGCCACCUGAAGGAAUCCCAGUAGCUGAGGUGGAAUGGUUGAAAAAUGAAGACAUAAUUGAUCCCGUUGAAGAUCGGAAUUUUUAUAUUACUAUCGACCACAACCUCAUCAUAAAGCAGGCCCGCCUCUCAGAUACUGCAAAUUAUACCUGUGUUGCCAAAAACAUUGUUGCCAAGAGGAAAAGUACAACUGCAACUGUCAUAGUCUAUGUAAAUGGUGGCUGGUCCACUUGGACUGAAUGGUCAGUGUGUAAUAGCCGCUGUGGACGAGGGUAUCAGAAACGUACAAGGACCUGCACCAACCCAGCACCGCUCAAUGGCGGUGCCUUCUGUGAAGGGCAGAGUGUGCAAAAAAUAGCCUGUACUACAUUAUGUCCAGUGGAUGGCAGGUGGACUUCAUGGAGCAAGUGGUCUACCUGUGGGACUGAGUGCACACACUGGCGCAGGAGGGAGUGCACGGCGCCAGCUCCCAAGAAUGGAGGCAAAGACUGUGACGGCCUCGUCUUGCAAUCCAAGAACUGCACUGAUGGGCUCUGCAUGCAGAGUUUCAUUUAUCCUAUUUCAACUGAACAGAGAACCCAGAAUGAAUAUGGAUUUUCUUCUGCUCCUGAUUCCGACGACGUUGCUCUCUAUGUCGGCAUUGUGAUAGCGGUGAUCGUUUGCCUGGCAAUUUCUGUAGUCGUGGCCCUGUUUGUGUAUCGGAAAAAUCAUCGUGACUUUGAGUCUGAUAUCAUUGACUCUUCGGCACUCAAUGGAGGCUUUCAGCCUGUAAACAUCAAGGCAGCAAGACAAGAUCUCCUGGCAGUACCCCCAGACCUCACGUCAGCUGCAGCCAUGUACCGAGGACCUGUCUAUGCCCUGCAUGAUGUCUCUGACAAAAUCCCAAUGACCAACUCCCCCAUUCUGGAUCCACUGCCUAACCUGAAAAUCAAAGUGUACAACACCUCAGGUGCAGUCACCCCACAGGAUGACCUCUCUGAGUUUACGUCUAAGCUGUCCCCUCAGAUGACCCAAUCCUUGUUGGAGAAUGAGGCCCUCAACCUGAAGAAUCAGAGUCUAGCAAGGCAGACUGAUCCAUCCUGUUCUGCUUUUGGCACCUUCAACUCCCUUGGGGGUCACCUUAUUGUUCCCAAUUCAGGAGUAAGCUUGCUGAUACCCGCUGGGGCCAUUCCCCAAGGGAGAGUCUACGAAAUGUAUGUGACUGUACACAGAAAAGAAAAUAUGAGGCCACCCAUGGAAGACAGUCAGACCCUCCUGACCCCUGUGGUGAGCUGUGGGCCCCCAGGAGCCCUGCUGACCCGCCCCCUCAUUCUCACUAUGCAUCACUGCGCAGACCCCAAUACUGAGGACUGGAAGAUACAGCUCAAGAACCAGGCAGCACAGGGACAGUGGGAGGAUGUGGUGGUGGUCGGAGAGGAAAACUUCACUACCCCCUGCUACAUUCAGCUGGACCCAGAGGCCUGCCACAUCCUCACCGAGAACCUCAGCACCUACGCCCUCGUCGGGCAGUCCACCACCAAAGCGGCUGCAAAGCGCCUGAAGCUCGCCAUCUUCGGCCCGCUCUGCUGCUCCUCCCUGGAGUACAGUGUCCGAGUCUACUGUCUGGACGACACCCAGGAUGCCCUCAAGGAAGUUUUACAGCUGGAGAGGCAGAUGGGAGGACAGCUCCUAGAAGAACCAAAGGCUCUUCAUUUUAAAGGCAGCACCCACAACCUGCGCCUGUCGAUUCAUGACAUUGCCCAUUCUUUCUGGAAGAGCAAGUUGCUGGCUAAAUAUCAGGAAAUUCCUUUUUACCAUAUUUGGAGUGGGUGUCAAAGAAAUCUCCAUUGCACCUUCACUCUGGAAAGAUUUAGCCUGAACACAGUGGAACUGGUAUGCAAACUCUGUGUGCGGCAGGUAGAAGGAGAAGGACAGAUCUUCCAGCUGAACUGUACUGUGUCAGAGGAACCCACUGGCAUCGAUUUGCCCCUGCUGGAUCCAGCGAGCACCAUCACCACCAUCACGGGACCGAGUGCUUUCAGCAUCCCUCUUCCGAUCCGGCAGAAGCUCUGCAGCAGCCUGGAUGCCCCACAGACAAGAGGUCACGACUGGAGGAUGCUGGCCCAUAAGCUAAACCUGGACAGGUACUUGAAUUACUUUGCCACCAAAUCGAGCCCUACCGGCGUAAUCCUGGAUCUUUGGGAAGCGCAGAACUUCCCAGAUGGAAACCUGAGCAUGCUGGCAGCUGUCUUGGAAGAAAUGGGAAGACAUGAGACAGUAGUGUCCUUAGCAGCAGAAGGGCAGUAUUGACCCAUGCUGGACCUGAAAAUGAAGGACUAAAAUGCACAGGGAGUCUGUGGCCGUCCAAAGGGAUCACAGCUGAGGAGGAAAUCCAGACCAGACCAAUGAGCUUCACAGGCAAGAUCGCAUCAGGAAAGACAAGGAAAACAGAUGCAACUACCAAUAUACAUGCCCACUUUACUUGGACAGCAUCACAGGAGUUAAGAAAAAUUGUGUAAAUUUUUAUCUUGAAUUUAGAAAUCAACCUAAUUUUCCUCUUAGUUGGGCUGUAUGCUGUGUGGUACAGGAUCUUACAGUUUCCUAGGAAACGCUUUUUAUUGCUAUCCAGAUAUAUGGAUAAACUUUCUUAACAAACCCAAUUUCUACAAAUGUUGUUUACAUCAAAUUGGACAGGGAUACAGACACUGUCCAUGGCUCGUUCUAUUUUUGUUCAAAUCAUUUGAAGUUGAAGCUGUGGACGGUUUGUUGUGUCUAUUUCACAUUCGUAAUUCACAGAGAAACUACAGGCUUUUGCUACAAAUCUUGCACAUGAAGUGUCUCAGAUAAUCCUCCCAUCAGUGUUCUGUUUCUAGAACGUGUAGAAUCAGUAUUACCAUUUGUAUCAGGGAAGUGGAGAAUCUAAGCGUAAAGGAGAAAUAACUAAGACUCAUUCCUUUGGGGACCUAACUUGGUGCCCUUUGAGGAAUAAAGCUGUAGCACUGCAGGGAAGACAGCUGAUUCAUUUUCAACCACACAGACAAGCAUUUCUUCAUGUGUGUUUGUAAUACGCGAUUUGAAGUGAUUUUUUUAAAGUGUCAUUAUUAUCAUUAUUAUUAUUACCAAUUAGUAUUUGCAAAUAUUUUAGUAAAAGAAUUUUCAUUUAACUUCUGUUUUUGUUAGCAGUGCUGUUAGUAAUAGGGUGUUGACUAGACCUGCCUCACCUUCUCAGAUAACAAUGGAGGGCGUGGUCACCAGUUUAAUUCCACAAGCAUUGCUUCCAGAACCUUUGACCUUUCUCCCAGGAUUGUGCCCUGGAAGGGAAGUAAAUGCCUACUGGCUUCGUCAAUCUGUCCUUUCAGCUUGCGCAGGCAGAGUCUUGCUCCCCUGAGCCUUAGUAAGAGAAGCGUUUUAUAUUCAAGUUCUCUUGAUAUUGAGAUUGUGUGGCCCCACGCUUACUCCCCACGGUGCUCUGUCUACCUUAGAGGCAUUGCGAUUGGAGGAAUGGCCUCUGAACUGGAAAUCAAGAAACCAGUUCCCAUUCUGGGUUUGUCGUUGUCUAGCUGUGUUACCUUGGGCAAGUCACUUAACCACACUGAACCUCAGUUUUCUCACCUGUAAAAUGAAGGGGUUAGAUUAGAUCAUCUCGAGGUCCUAAAAUGCUAGACACUCCAAUCCGAAGACACAAUUGACUCUGACCUGGAUAACUCAGCUAGUCUUUUGCCCAGGCUACAUUAUGACUUUCAAAUAGUUCUGAUUUGGAGAUAAUUAUUCUAACUUGGAAUACAUUUGUUAUGUUUUCAAGUCUUGCCUUUCUUUCAUUGCAUUGUGCUGUUCAUAGAGAGAUGGCAUCCCUUUAUCAAUUAUCAUUUUCUUUCCCUCUCUUAGGACCACUAUCCCUCCUGACUAGUUGCAAAUUCCAUACUAUUAUCAUCUUGAUCUUUAGACAUAUCAAGACCCUAUAUAUCUACAAGUUCCUCGGCAUUAGGCAUUUGGUGCAUUCUUUUUUCUCCCACCGUAGUCUUUGCUUUCAUAAUAUUCAAAAGCAUUUACAAAGGUUAUUUAGUUAGCUCUAUUUAAAAAUUUUAUCCUGCAAAAUGUUGGUCAACAGACUACUUUUUGUAAACCAUGACGUUUACCUGGGACCAUCACAGGCUUUUUGUAUUAACACAGGGACUCAGUUCAUUUAGCAGAUGGAGAAUAAAGAGGUAACAGCCCAUUAGUCAGGCCAAGAUUGAAUAACAAGCACCCAUGUGUAUGAGUCAGAGCCUUCAAAACAUGAUUUUGAUUUACUCUGGGGCCAGAGGUAUCCAGGAUGCUGACUGGAUCAGAACUAGGAAUCAUUUUAUACAUAUUCUCCCUUCUUUCUACAUGUAUUUCCUCUCGUAUUUUAGUGACUUCCCAAGAUUCCCAGUCUCCUUCAUCCCCAUCAUUGAGGAACUAUUGAUACCUUUUUUAUGGUGCCUCUUCUUUCAUGCCUUUUAUUUCCUAUCUCCUCUUUUAGGCAUAUAUUCUAUAAUCUGUUUCUCGCAGGCCACCCAUGCAGUAGGAUUUCUGUAUAUAAAAAUACUUGUUACACUGAUCACGGAAGGGAGAGAUUGCACUACUAAAUAGUUCAUUGGGUAAUACUGGUACUGUUAUAUAUUUGAACAAAAGGUAGUACAAUUAUAUUCUAUAGAAAAAUAAAUAUUAAGAAAAGGAAGAGGAGAGGAAGAACUAUUGCAUUUUGAAAGAAACAACUUGUCAAGAUUGCUGAUCAGUAUGGGGGAGGCUGGAAGAUUUCAUCUAUUGGAAUCAAUCAGAAAUCUGAAAUUGAUGCUGUACUUAGUGAAAAACAGGGAAGCAAAAUGUAACUAUCCAGAUAAAUCAAUUCCAAAACUUUUCCUGGAAAAAAAAACUCAACAAAAAGUCAACAUAGAAAUAUUGAGCAUUACAAGUAUUGCAUUACUGAAGCCAUCAAGGGCCUCUUGGGGUUUGCUUCAGAUUCUUAUUGGCUUCUGGUUCAAUAUCCCAGCACAAGAAAAAAACAGAGGGAUUCAUUCCUUAUGAGUGGGUGCUCGUCUGUCCUAGAACCCUGCUAUUUUCCCCCUUAAGUGAAGAGUAGCUUGCAUAUGUACAACAUAGCAUUUAUGGUUAAUCAUUUUCAACACAAGUUCCAAUUUCCUUCUCCUUUGAAGUAAAGUAAUAACUGUCAGAGAGCUCUCAAACAUAGAAGGUCCAGACUCAAUAGUUCAUUUUGUAGGAGCCACUUCUUCAUUCUAUGUGAUAUGUUCUGCCCUGCCUUCUUGGGGCUUCUACAACAGCUUGUGAGGAAAGACGGGCUUACAUCAUUUGGAUGGGAAAAACUUAUCACUUGUGCGUGGUGCCAUCUAGUGGUAGGGAACACAAUCUACCCUGAGUUUAACAUAAGAACGCCAGUUGUUUGUCAAAAUGAACCUGUAGAGUUCAGCGGGAUUUUCAUGACAGGAAGUCAAGGAGACAUUUUUACUUCAAAUGUAUGAUUUUUUUAUUCUCACAUUUUUUUUCUCUUGAAUUACCUAUUUCAAAAUUUCAUGUCUUUCUGCAUCUAGUUACUUGAUCAAUUCAUUAAUAAGCGAACGUUCUAAGUUGCUUUCUGGAAAUAGAAAUACAAAAAAAUCUGUAAAGCCAAACUUUGAAGAUGUGUUAUUUUUAAUGUUUGCGUUUUUAACUGUGCUUGAUAAAAUUUAAAUCUCCUUACUUUUAAUCCUCCAAUACUUAUCUUUUGGGGAAAUGAAAAAUCCACUUAGAAAGAAAUGUGCAAAUGGGUAUUAAGUCCAAGGAAGAGAAAAUUAUGAUUGUUAAUCAAAGAGAGGAAAGAAGCUUCCUUUAUCUGAAUUUGGGAAUCUAAAGGCAAAAUUUUCAUCCUGUAUUCAUCUUCUUCUGACCACACUCAUUCAAAUUUUCUUAAAGUGAUCUGGAAGGAAUAGAAGCUGGAUUCAGAAUCGAAAAUGAGCACAAGGUAGUAGCAAACACAUGUAACGCUGAGGUACUUACAGCUGACAGUCUUUUCACAAACAGCAUCUUCUAACCUGGAAACAUACCUCUGUUACACAGAAAAACUCUCAUCCUCAUAUGAGCAAUUUAAGCUCUGAAUGAGCAGGACAAUUUUGGGGGUGAGGUGUUCAAUAUCAAACUGCAUAGCUAUUAGCCAUUUUCAUAGGCACUAUUAUUUUAUAUAUAUAUUUUAUCUCUCAAUUGUCAAAUAAUAGGGCCAUUCUUUAGGAAAAAGUCAUGGGGUCUGCGUUCAGGAUACUCUGAAAACUCUACACUUAGUAAUAGUUUGCUAUUUUAGGUAUUUCUCCUGUAAGUAAAAUAUCUUAAAAGUAAACAUUCAGAGGGUGGAACUAAGGCCUUUGGCUUCUUUUGGAGAAGAUCAAGCAAGGCUGUUGUCUCGUGCAUCCUUGGGUGUGUUCUGUCAGAGACACACCAGCUGGGGCCUUGUUCUGCUUCCUGCUCUAUAAUCAUCACACAGGGAAGGGAUCCAGUAAGAUGAUCACUAGCUCCUCACCAUAAAUGCCUUUGUCUCUAUCAGGUCUGUGCCUAUGGGGCCAAACAAAUAUAAAACUACGUAAGGACCCGAAAGAGAGUAUAAAGAAGGUAGUAAAGGUAGUAAAAGUUACUGUGUUGAGUUUUCAGUCGAGUUGAAUGUGUUUAAGCUUUGGCUGAGCAGUUGUUCUGGACAAUUUGGCAGUUUCACAUAGUGGCUUCCGUGCAAGUCCAAGGUAGAUGAAAGAAAGGAGGGCUAUAGAAGCUCAGCUGAAAGGGAAUGGAGUUUAAUCCAUCUUUGAGAACAGAGGAACUUUUGGGAAUCAGAACUUAAUUACUCAAAGCCAGUUAUUUGUAAAGAAGAUAACAGUCGAUGGGCAUUAGAUUUUAUAGCUCUGAUAAGGAAAGAAUAUCAUUAUUGAUUAUCUCAAAGGAAUUAAAAAAAAAAACAUUUUUCUAACUUUUGGGUGCCUCAUAGUACCAGCUAUUACACUUUGGUUUUUGGUUUGUUUGUGUUCUUGUAUUAUUCUUGUAUUAUUUUUUAAUCUUUCUUAAGCUAAAGUUGACUGAAAAGUUGAGAACUUUACCUUUGUGUAAUGAGAUGCUGUUUCUCUACCCUAAGAGAUCUAUUGUAUAAUAUCUGGCUGUAUGAUCACUUUGAAAGAUUCCCUUGCCUCUCUAGUGGGUUUUUUUUUUAAUGAAAUAAGGCAUAAAGAGAAUAUAUUAUAACCAAAGUUGAGUUAAGCCUGUGUCCAUAUUGGCCAAGUGAGUAAAAUGGAGUCAUAAAUAUUUUCAUACUCUGACCUGAAAACCUGCUCUUUUUGAAAAGUAAGUAGAUGGCCUUCUAUGUCAGUGGGUAAGUUUUCUCUACGGAGUAAAUUCAACAAUUACCUUUCUGAUCCUUUAGUCUUACCAGCCUUGUGGUUGCCCCCAUUUUCAGAAAUCCUAUUUUAAAAAUUUGUUUUCUGAGGAAUUCAUGGCUCCCCAGGUUAUCUGGUGGGCCUUUCAUUUCCCUGUAUUGAUCUGUGGUGAGAUAUUAAUGGGCUCGUUCAACCCAGUAUGAUGUACAUCCCUAGGCUUUGUGUAGCGGGGAUGAGGCAGGCAUCACCUGGACAAAUGUACAGGUACUCCACAAACCUACCAGUGCAGAAAGCCAAGCAGUUAUCAGAGGUUGUUUCCCAGCCCUGUGUAUAUUUAGAACUUCUCAUGUUGAAGGGUUCUGUCUGGAGAUCCUCUGAAAUCCCAAGUCAAGAAUCCACAGAAUGUCACAAGAGUUGUGGCCUGUAAGUUGUUGAAUGGAAAAGAAGGAAACUUCCCUGUGAUGCAGCCAGCUGCUGUCUAGCCUCUUCACAUUCCGUUUCAGAUUUGUGCCUCAGCAAAAUUAUGAAUUGCUGAAGGUUGUAACACUUCAGGAGCCCUUAGAAAUAAACUAAAAUCCUGUGUCAUCCUUAAAUUCCAAAGGUCUACUGGACUUGGCUCUAUUAGACAUGCUGUUAACCCUGAUGGCACUGGCCCAGUGUGGCAGAGUCCUCAGAACUGGAGUUCAGAACAUGAAUCGUAUGCAAGUUUUGCUGAUGCCUUUGAUCCUCAACACUAUGAUGAGGCAACAUCACAGAAUCAUGACCUGAACUGUGCUGUAGAUAUUAAAACAAAUCUGUUUUAAAAAGGCAUAAAAGAGCAAGAAAUCUACAGCCACUGCAAAAUGCCUUUGCACUUUCAUGUUCUUAAAAUACCACUAAUGAUAGCUGUUAACCUAGGGAAUACUCAAAUGAAUACUCCUCUAGGUUUUGGAAAAGAAAAAGGACAGCCAUCAAAACAAGUUGAUUUGUAUCCUCUCCUUCAUUCUUUCCUAGACUUAGUGUUGGCAGUGAAGCCCUCACCCUCCAGACAGGAUGCAUUUAGCCCAAUUGCAGGGAAUAGCAUCAGUGUAUGCGUGUUGGAUGUCACAGUGUUUUAUGUGUUCAUUGAAUUUAAUGUUGAGCUGUAGCAAGUUGGUGACCUUCCUCUUUGCUCCUUCUAAAGGAAACAACCAAUGCCUGUCAGAGAAAUGCCCCCUGUGCCCCUACCCCCCCAAAGCAGUCUGUGUUGAAGGGGCUGUGCCAUCCACCUGCUGUUCCCUUCAGAACAGUUCAACUGAAGAAAUGGCAGAUUGGGGUUUUGUGCUUUGUCAUUUUUCCUUUUUGAAAACAACACAACCUUGGCUUUUCAGAUAUGAAACACUUCUUUUGUUGUUGUGGAAUUCCCUCUUGCUGUAUCUUCUAUGCAAUUCCUUUUCUAAAAACUCCCCAGCAGAGGAGGAGUGCUCUCUGGGCAUUCCUUCUGUUGCACGGCUGAGUGGUGGAGGUGAGGGAUACCAGCUCUGGUUGUGCCUCUUUUCUCUCCCUGGCUGCCUCUCCCUAUUUUUCCUGCAGUCCCCUUGGUUUGUAAAUUGCCUGCAUUUAUUUCUGUCGGCCAACAUGUACAAAAUGUAAGAAAGAAUUUUUAAACAGGUAAUAAAUUAUAUUUAUAAGC